CAACUGCUCCACAGUUGGUGAUCCAUUGGAAGCAUUUUCUGAAUAUUCAUAACAUGAACAUCUCGAGUGCCGUUGUUCUACUUACCUGCGUGGCGUACGUGGUAUCGCAGGACUCUUCUUACACAUCGAAAUAUGAUAACAUUGAUAUCGACAGAAUUUUGGGCAACGACAGAAUUUUGACCAGUUACAUAAAAUGUAUGCUGGACCAGGGAUCCUGCACACCUGAGGGCAGAGAACUCAAAAAAACACUGCCAGAUGCUUUGAAAAGAGCCUGUGAUAAAUGUAAUCCAAAACAGAAGGAAGUAGCAGAAAAGGUUGUGAGACAUCUCACGCAGAAAAGGCCAAAAGAUUGGGAUAAACUGGUGAAGAAAUACGAUCCCCAAGGAAUGUACAGAAAGAAGUUCGAGGAAUUCAGACAACAAGCUGAGAAGAAUGGAAAAUUAAAUGUAUAAGAGAAGAUAAUUAAUUCCUUAUUGUUUAAAUAAUGAAGAAUCCCCAAGCAGCAUUCGAAAGAAUGAAACAAAAUUAUGUAGACUGAAUAAAUAUUUGUUUUUA